AUGACUAAGUCGUCCAAAAAGUCUAUGCGAAAGUUCGCAUCUAGCGGCGCUCUCCAAAAAACCAUACAGGCUCGGAGAAAACACCAGCAGAUCCGCAAGAAGGUUGAGAAGAAGGGCGCGGCGAAGAGGCAAGGAGCGAAGGGAAAGGAGAGGGAAUCUGUCAAUGAAGUCGAGGGAGAAGAGGCUGAUGAUGACGAAGAUGAUGUGGAAGCUGGCUCUAGCAAGUUCAAGGGAAUGUCUGUGGACGACUUUCUUGGCGGUGGGUUCAUGGGCAGCGACGCAGAAGGCGAAGAGGGUUCCGACGAGGAUGGCGAAGAGGAUGGAGAGGACGAUGACGACGACGACAAUGCUUCAUUCGCCUCUGUGGACGACCUUGAAGAUGAUGAUGAAGGCGCUGCGCACAUGCAGGAGUUGUCUAAGCUCGCGGAAAAGGAUCCGGAGUUCUACAAGUACCUGCAGGAGAACGACGCUGAAUUGCUCAACUUCGACGCGGCUGCCAUGGAUGACGAUUCGGAUGCAGAAGAGGGAGAAGAUGCUGAUAUGGAUGAGGAUAAGGCUCCCGUCCUGACUGCGAAGAUCCUCAAGGAAUGGCAAAAGUCACUGCUUGAAUACAGGUCGCUGCGGGCAUUAAGAAAGCUCUUAGUAGCGUUCCGGUCAGCAGCCCACAUGAACGAGGAGGGUCAAGUUAUCGCCUGGUCUAUUGAAAGCGCUUCUGUGUACUCAAAACUUGUCACGACGGCCCUGACAUACGCGCCUGUGGUACUCCAACAUCAUGUGCCCUACAAGACGCUGCCUGACGGUAAAUUCAAAGCCCCGUCGCAGACCAAGAAGUUUCAGACGCUCCAGCGAUUGAUUUCAUCCUUCUUCCAUAACAUAAUGCACAUCGUCAACCAACUGUCGGAACCAGAGAUGGUGAAACUCGCCGUGAACGAAAGUGCGAAGCUCAUUCCGUACGUCGUAAACAGCCGGAGAACCGUCAAGAUGUAUCUGAAGACGUGCCUGGACCUUUGGUCCACAGCGGAUGACAGCGUCCGUAUCGCCGCGUUCUUGGCUGUCCGCAAGUUGGCCUCAUCUCCAGACGAAGGUAUUUUGGAUAUGAUUCUCAAGAGCACGUAUCUCCAGCUUGUUCGUUCGUCCAAGGCUACCAGCGUGCAUACGCUCCCGUCUAUCAAUCUCAUGAAGAAUUCGGCGUCGGAGAUCUUCUGUCUCAAUCAUGCAGCGGCGUACCAGCAUGCCUUUGGUUACAUUCGCCAAUUAGCUAUCCACCUACGCACAAGUAUGAAAAUGAAGACCAAGGAAUCGUACAAGCAGGUGUACAAUUGGCAAUUCGUGCACAGCAUCGAUUUCUGGUCAUUGGUUCUGGCGCGGGCCUGUGACUCUCAGGCCACGUUACAGCGCGGCGGUAUAGAGAGCGAUCUUCAACCUCUGGUGUUCCCGCUAGCGCAAGUGGCGACCGGCGCAAUUAAGCUCCUCAACCACGCCCGAUCUUACCCCUUCCAUCUCCAUACUCUGCGAUCCCUUGUUCACCUAACAAGGCAUACGGACGUCUACGUCCCUCUAUUACCCUACUUUCUCCCGCCCCUUACGACCAUUCUCUCGCCGACGCACAAGGCGAAAGCGUCGACAGUGCGGCCACUUGACUUCGAGACCGCUCUUCGUGCUCCGCAGCAGUACACCGGCACACGCGUAUACGCCGAAGGUGUAGCUGACGAGACGGUCUUCAUCCUGGCGGAGUGGUUGAACACUCGCGCCGUACAUGGCAGCAUUGCGUUCCCCGAACUGGUCGUCCCGCUUGUCGUCAUGCUUCGCAAAGCACUUAAGGCAGCGAAGUCCGGAAAAGGGACGGGGAAAGAGGCCGGUAUCGUCAAGGCCCUCGUCGAGCGUGUUGAGGAGAGCUCACACUGGAUUGACGAGCGACGGAAGAGUGUGGCGUUUGCACCCGGUCAGAUGGACGAUGUUGCACGAUGGCAAACGGACUUGCGACAGAAGCUGGACGAGACGCCUCUAGGCAAGUACGUACGCGUGCAACGCAAGGCGCGCGAGAAGCGUCGCAAACUUGUCGAGAAGGCAAGAGAGGGCAAGGACGAGAUCCUUGAGGAGGAGUAG